AUGGAAGAAUCCUGGUCUUGUCCAACUUGUUUGGUAACAAACAGUUGCGCUGACGAAGUUUGUGCUUGCUGUUGUACCAAACGGGCUGAGGGUUUCAAAACAUUUGUCCCGAUUAAGAAGGAAUCCAAUGUCAAGGGGGUAAAAAAGGAGAGAGUGGAACCAGCAAGCCCUACUGAUAACAAAAAAUCCGCCGCAGGUAGGAAUAAUGUCAAAGUUAAACGGGAAGGUGCCAACAUUUCCAAUAUUGAAACAACAGUCGCGAAAAAUUUUAGCGGUUGCUUUUUGUAUAUUUGCGGCUCUAGUGAAAUGGAUCAGAUACCCUUGACCAGUAGAGAUGAAGUGGCUGUCAGGACUUCGGGGGGAGUGACAAAUUACACUGAUACUUAUGAAGCUAAACUUCCAAAUCCAAUUGUAUAUUUUAGAAAGAAACCCAUUAAAAAAGUGGCUUGUGGCGCUUUACAUACAGCAGUGUUGUUGGAGGAUGGUACGGUUUACACUUUUGGGUGCAAUGACUUAGGAGCUUUAGGUAGGAAUGUCAGUGUUAUUGACAAGGCGGGGAUGUCAGAUGAAACGGAAGCAAUGCCUAUUAAGAUGAAUGAUAAGAUAAUUGACAUUACAUGUGGCGACAAUCAUACUUGUCUACUCACAGCUAGUGGCGAUGUUUAUUUGACCGGAAGCUUUAAGGACACAAGUGGGCCAAUUGGCUUCCCCGACUUCACAUCUGAGGAUACAAAAAUAUUGGAUAAAGUGACAUUGCCAAUGAAAGUUGUGUUUGAUAAAAACAAGAAGGUCACUAUCACGAAUAUAUCAUCUGGGGAAAACCAUGUAGUGUGUCUUAAUAGUAACACUGGAGAGUUGUACGUGUUUGGUAGUAACGAAUAUGGCCAAUUACUACAGCCUAUCACUGACGAGACCUCCAAUCUAAGUAGUGAAAAAUUGCAUGAAAUAAAAGGUAAAAAAUUGUACCCCAAACUAAUAGAUCUUAAGAUUUUAGGGUUGAGAGGAUCUACUAGAUCGCAGGAAGCAGAAAAAAUUGCUAAGGUAUUUACUGGAUAUGCUACCACAUUCUUUGUCACAAAUAAGCAACGUAUUUUUGGCUGUGGCAGAAACGCUCAAGGUGAAGUUGGUGUAGGAAACCCGAUGACUUUUAUUGAUAAACCAAAAGAAUUGACCAGUUUUAAUGGCAAGUCAAUAUUGGAUAUAAAGGGUGGGCAAUUUUUCUCCAUGGCAUUGGAGAAGGGAGGAGCGGUGUAUACUUGGGGUAAAACUUGUUUCAGUGGCCACUCUAUUAAGGCAAAAAAGAUAAUGACACCAAAACGACUGAAUAUAUGUGGAAAGUUAGGUGCCGUUUGUAUCUUCGUAGGAUCAGAUUAUUCGUUCGCCAAAAUGUCAAAUAACAAUGUAUAUGCUUGGGGGUCUGGGCAGAACUACGUUCUUGGCAAUGGCCAAGAUAUCGAAUUCCAGCAAAAGCCAGUGCUUGUAGAUUUAGGAAAAUUGGGUACAGUUACUUCUAUUUCCGGCGGCGCACAACACACCGUUUUUCACGUGAUCCCAGAAGCACAAGAACAUGGAACUUCUGGUUCUAAGAAACGCAAAACCAGUUGA